AUGUCACCCUUGAAGCAACUGAAAUUAACUGAAUCUGUAAAACAAAAGAAAAAAGAAAGUCGGAAAGAAUUCCAAGAUGGCGACGACCAGGCCGCAAUGUCACCGUCCUCAGACAGACUAUCAGACCAGGAUUCCAUCUGCUCCAAAUACUCUGAAUCUCCAGUCACAGAAUACAGCUUACACAAAAUGCUGCAGGAUUUAUGUACCAUGAUUAAUGCGGACUUCCAUCGCAUUGACGGACACCUAAGAAGAGAGAUGUCUAACUUGGGUGACAGAAUGAGUCACUUAGAAAGCCGGACAGAAGAACUGUGCACUGCUCACAAAGAAGUAG